GGCGGAGCGGCGCGGGGAUGGGCGGGGGGCGGCGCGGGGCGCGGCGCUGAGCGCCGGCGGGACCCCAUGGAUCUGGACGUGGAUUACGAGCGGCCCAACGUCGAGACCAUCAAGUGCGUGGUGGUGGGCGACAACGCGGUGGGCAAAACGCGCCUCAUCUGCGCCCGCGCCUGCAACGCGACGCUGAGCCAAUACCAGCUGCUGGCCACGCACGUGCCCACCGUGUGGGCCAUCGACCAGUACCGCGUCUGCCAGGAGGUGCUGGAGCGCUCCCGCGAUGUGGUGGACGAGGUCAGCGUGUCGCUGCGGCUCUGGGACACCUUCGGGGACCACCACAAGGACCGGCGCUUCGCCUACGGCAGGUCAGACGUGGUGGUGCUCUGCUUCUCGCUGGCCAACCCCAACUCCCUGCGCCACGUGAAGACCAUGUGGUACCCUGAGAUCAAACACUUCUGCCCGCGGACGCCCAUCAUCCUGGUGGGCUGCCAGCUGGACCUGCGCUACGCCGACCUGGACGCCGUCAACCGCGCCAGGCGGCCCUUGGCCAAGCCCAUCCGACCCACGGACAUCCUGCCCCCGGAGCGGGGCCACGAGGUGGCCAAGGAGCUGGGCGUCCCCUACUACGAGACCAGCGUGGUGGCCCAGUUCGGCAUCAAGGACGUCUUUGACAACGCCAUCCGCGCUGCGCUCAUCUCCCGCCGCCACCUGCAGUUCUGGAAGUCCCACCUGAAGAAGAUGCAGCGCCCGUUGCUGCAGGCGCCCUUCCUGCCCCCCAAGCCCCCCCCGCCGGUCAUCCGCAUCCCCGAGCCGCCGGCCAGCCGCGCCUGGGGCCCCGCCGCGCUCUUCUGCACCCCGCUGUGCGCCGACGUCGUCUUCCAGCUGCAGGGCGGGCAGCGCGUCUUCGCGCACCGCGUCUACCUGGCCACCUCCUGCUCCAAGUUCUACGACCUCUUCACCCUGGAGGGGCCGCUGGGGACGGGCAAGGAGCCGGCCGCCCGCGCCCGCAGCCUGGACGGGGAGCGGGGGGCGCUGGGCGAGGGGCCGCAGGGCGGGCUGCGCGCCGUGCAGAGCGACGAGGCGCUGCGGGCGGCGACGGGGGAUGGCGCUCGCGAUCUGUCGGCGUGGGGCCGGGGCUUCGUCAGCAUGCGCUGGGAGGUGGUGGCCGACCCGGUGGCCGGGAGGGAGAAGAGGAUGACGGUGGUGUGCAUGGACCGCUCGGUGGCGCCGGAGCCGUUCCGCGCCGUGCUGGAGUACCUCUACACCGGGCGGCUGGAGCGGGCGUGCGCUGACCUGAUGCAGGUGGCCACCAUCGCCGAGCUGCUGGAGGUGUUCGACCUGCGCAUGAUGGUGGCCAACGUGCUCAACAAGGAGAGCUUCAUGAACCAGGAGAUCACCAAAGCCUUCCACGUGCGCCGUGCCAACCGCAUCAAGGAGUGCCUGGGGAAGGGCGUCUUUGCAGACGUGGUGUUCCGCGUGGACGACGGGGCCGUGCCGGCGCACAAACCCCUGCUGAUAGCCGGCUGCGACUGGAUGAUGGCCAUGUUCCGGGGGGCGUUCCGGGAGAGCUACGCUGCCGAGGUCUCCCUGCCGGGCACCAACUGCGCCUGCCUGCGCGCCGUCCUCGAUUUCCUCUACACCGGGGUCUUCACGCCCACACCCGACCUCGACGCCAUGGAGCUGCUCAUCCUCACCAACCGCCUCUGCCUGCCCCGGCUGCAGGCGCUCACAGAGCAGUACGCCGUGGAUGAGCUGCUCCGCGCCUUCAUGCAGCAGGUGGAGAUCGACGAGCAGGUGCUCAUCUACCUGGAGAUGACUCAGUUCCACAACGCCCGGCAGCUGGCCGCCUGGUGCCUGCACUACAUCUGCACCAACUACAACAGCGUGUGCCGCCGCUUCCCCCGAGAGAUGAAGUUCAUGUCCCCGGAGAACCAGGCGCACUUCGAGAGGCACCGCUGGCCGCCGGUGUGGUACCUGAAGGAGGAGGACCUGUACCUGCGCUCCAAGAAGGAGCGGGAGCGCGAGGAGCAGCUGCAGCGCAAGCAGCACACCCGCAGCAAGUGGUGCUUCUGGCGGCCCUCGCCCCACGUCUCGUGAGCCGGGAGCGCGGCCGUGCCGCUUCCCAGGGCCGGGGACGCGGCCGGGCUCCGAGCCGUGCCGGCCUGGGGGCUUCUCCUCCUCGGGAGCC